GGCUCCGCCCACUCGCACCUGGAUCGGCGCCAGCGGCGUGGGGGCGGGUCCCAGAGCCCCGCCGUCGGCGCUGCCAUGUCCGCCGGAACGUGGGCUACUGCUGUGCAGGGAUGUGGCCGCUGCCCGUUUAAAAAACUAGUAUUAUUGCAAAACGGCUUUUUCCCGAAUUCAUCUUUGUGUUCUGAGCCUUAACCUCAAGGUUAUGGUGCGGCAGCCAGUUGCGGCCCCGGGGCUUCCCCGCCGCGCCGGAGGGCACGCAGAGAGGACUCACUCUCCCAGUCCGCGGCGUGGGGUCUGCGGGGCUGGAAGCGUGGGGCGGCCGCCAGUUCACAGGGUUGCCCUGCCCCCGCCGCGAGGCAGGGGACCUGCGGACACCGGCCCCUCCCUGGCCCCGCCCCGCAGGCUCGUUUACAUGUGGUCUGGCCCCGCCCGGGGCGGCUAAAGCGACGUGUCCUUGUCCCCCGUGGGCAGCACUGGCGCGUGCGGCCGCGGAUUUCCAGCUCCAAGGGCGUCCCCUCAGAGCCGCCACCCCCUGGGACUACCAGUCUGGAGCCAUGAAGACCAAAAACCGCCCCCCCAGGCGCAGGGUGCCUCCGCAGAACACAGAGGCCACCACCGCAGGGGAGCAGACCUCGGACAGGCCCCAGCCAGGCUCCGGGCCCCAGCUGGCUAAGGGUCUGCGGAGCAGGACAGCGCGGGCGCAGGGCGCGCGGGUGGAAAGCGGGCGCAGGCGGUUGGGGCCCGCGGGGUCGAGUGGCCGGCGGGAGAGCAGCAUCCAGCGGCGGCUGGAGAGCAACGAGAGAGAGCGUCAGCGCAUGCACACGCUGAACAACGCCUUCCAGGCGCUGCGCGAGGUCAUCCCACACGUGCGCGCCGACAAGAAGCUCUCCAAGAUAGAGACCCUCACGCUGGCCAAGAACUACAUCAAGUCGCUGACGGCCACCAUCCUGACCAUGUCCAGCGGUUGCCUCCCGGGGCUGGAUGGCCCCGGCCCCAAGCUCUACCAGCACUACCAGCAGCAGCAGUCCACCGGCAGCACGCUCGGUGCCACCGAGGCCCAGCCCGAGGGCCACCUGCAGAAGUACUCCACGCAGAUCCACAGCUUCCGAGAGGGCUCCUAGCGCCCGGGCCCUGCUCCCACCAAGAGCCCGACACUGGUGGUGACACCCCACGUGGACCUGGCCCCAGCAGCUCCAUUUUCCCUGAAACACUCAGCUGCCUUUCUGAAGCACAUCCUGGCCCCCGGGGACAAGACCUGGUCGAGGCCAUGGCCUUGGGUGGCGUGAAGCCCAAACCUCUGUGUAGGUCCCAAGACCUGCUUUUUAACUGACUAAGCAGGAGCUGACAGGCCUUUAGGACUAAAUUCUCUUCACUCCAAUCUCCCUCCUGAGGCAAGGGAGAUUCCAGGAAAAGAUUUACUUGGUAAGUUUUCCAAGUUACUGCUGAGGCCCAGGCCCAGGAAGGGACCUCCUGCCUCCUGCACAGCCACUUGGGGAGCGUGGCUGCGCCGAGAUGGUUGAAGCGUCUAGUUCCAAAUCUCUCUGGCGGAUAGAAACCCUAAUCAGAUUACCUCAAAUUAAUUCUAAAGGGACUUUGGUGGGGAGAGGGACUAGGAUUUUUCCUUCCUCUUCCUGUGUGGGGUCCUGAGCACAGAGGCUCUGAGCCAGGUCACUGGGUCCGUGGUUUGGUGCUGAGUGGGCUGAGACAGGGCUGGGCCGGCCCUGGGGGUGGGGAGGGUGGGUGGAGAAAGGCUGCCAGGCCCCGGGUCCCCUGCCUGCCUGGCCCUGGCCCUUCAGGGGAGGGUCCCAUCCAGGUUCACUGUAUUUGUUGCUGACGGGGGUGGUCUGACAGGACUUCAGGGUGCUAUUGGGUCCUGGUUGCGAGGGCCUGCAGGGCUCUCUGCAGGGGGCAGUCUGGGGUGGCAAGCACUCCCCUCCCCCACCUGGUGCCGCUCCACAAACGCAGGACUGGGCAGCCUGGCAGGUCCCCACAGCCUCGGGCCAAGCUUCCUUCUGUGGUGUUCCUGCCCCACUGGCUCUGACAGGCUUGGCGACUUUGCUCUCAACUCACUGGCAUCCCCUCUCUGUUGUCCCUCUGCCCACAGCCAAUAUGGGGAGGGGACAGAGCCCUUGGCAGCCUCAGGCAGGAACCACAGUGACAGGGGCCAUGGUGGGGGUAGAGUUGGCCUGGCACAUGGGGUUGGUUCCCUGUGCCUAGAGCUGUCCCAGAGGCCCUCCUGGGCACUGUGGACGGGGGCCAAGCUGGGCCGGGUGUGGGGCUGUCCCUGCCAGGGGCCUGUCCCUGAUGCCCAGCCUGGUAGUCCCAGCCCCAGCCACUCAGUGUGUCUCUGGGCCCGGUGUCAGCUCUGGCUGCAUCCAGGGCAGCAGGUGGCACCCCUCGGAACAGUCAUUACCCACUUCAGUCCUAACUUACCUGGUCAGACACUCGCCCAGCCCUCCCUAGGCCCCAGUGCAGGUCCUCUGCAAGGUCCCAGCCCCAGCCAUCAUUCGCCAUGGGGCAGGUGAGGACUCUAGGUGCCCCUGGCCUGUCCCUCAGGCAUGGCCUCUUUGGAAGGUCAGUGGCAGGGCAAUCCAUCAUUGGGAGCGGAGGUGGAGGGCAACUCCAAGCUUGGGGCAGAUGGGGCCCAUGCAACCCCUGCUAUGGGUGGCUGUCCAGCCACUGGAACAUAAGAGGGGCCUGCAAACCUGGAGGCUCCUGUUUCGGCCAGAGCAGGGCCCAGUGCAUCCCUGAAUUUGCCGAGUGAAGCAACAAGCUGAGCUAGAAGCACAGGCUCUGUCCAAGAGACCAGGCCCGAUGACAGGGCAGUGGGAGGAUCUGUGGGUCACCAGCUUGCAGGACGACAGCUGUUGGAGCUCCUUUUCUCUGUCUCAGACUCACACCUGCACCCCCGUUUCCCAGAGGGUGACCCAGGCUCAGAUAUGCAGUCCGCCUGCACCCGAGGCUGGAGGGCAUCUGCUUGCCAUGUGGCCACAUGACAGAGGACCUUACAGGUCUCAGUCCUGCUUUGGAGGGUUAAAUAUGGUGGAGGUGAGGGGACAACAGGUCUGGUGACAGAGGCUGGAGAGGCCUGCUGCCACGUCUGCUCCCUUGACCCUCAUCUUGGACCCCCAAGCCCACCUGGACUCUUCUGUCCUGCAAGGAGUCCUAAAGUCAGAGACACACAUGCAUGCUGAGCCCUGGGGGCCUGGCCCCCACCUGGGGCCACGGACCCACCCACAGAGCAGACCUCUGAGUGAGCCCCCGAGGUGGAGGUCCCUAUUGGGCCCCAUUGGGCCAGCAGAGAAGCCAGAACUGCGACUUUUCUGUCUGGGAAAGCCAGUGAGUGCCUCAGCUGUAAUUGUGGUGAAAAUGUUUUUUAAAUGACCCAAAUUUGCUUUUAUU